AUUUUGGGAGUUAAAAAUGUGAUGAUUGGGUAUCUAUGUACCGGCAAUCCGGACUACAGAAACAUGGGAGAGCCUAAAUCAAAGCAAUUUGAAAAUAUUUACUAUGGGCUUUCAAAUUCACCAGGGAUCCUCAAGCUUGCUCCAAGUGGUUUAGGCUGGAAAACACCUGAUUCAGAUAGUAUAGUAACUAUUUCUGCCGAUGAGUUUAAAAGAGCUCAAUGGAUGCGUGUUGCGAGAGAUUAUCAGUUGAAAGUUGCAUUAAAGAAUGGGAAUGCUGCAAGAUUUGAUGGGUUUCCCAAGGAGAAUUUUGAAUCACUAAGAGAGAUCAUUCGGACAAAUUAUAAACUAAAUUUAGAAACAAAAGAGCUAUGUGUCAAAGGAUGGAAUUGGGGUGAAACUGAUUUCCAAGGCUCUCAGUUACUAUUUAACAUUAGUAAAAAAACCGCCUUUGAAAUUCCUCUAUCACACGUCUCAAACACUAACCUUCAAAACAAAUGUGAGGUCAGUCUCGAAUUUAUGCAACCGGAACAAUUUGGUGAAGACACACAAACUCGAAGUCAUAGGAAUCCUACACAUGAACUCGUUGAAAUGAGGUUCUAUAUUCCUGGUUCAACUAAGGUCGUUAAAGAUGGCGAAACUGAGGACGAAGUCAUUAGAGAAAAGGCUGAUCUUACACAGGUUUCCGGUGAAGGGAUUGUGCUCUUUAAUGAUGUUCUACUGCUUACACCACGUGGUCGAUACGACAUCGAAAUGUUUUCCAGUUUCUUUAGAUUACGUGGGAAAACAUAUGACUACAAAGUUCAAUACUCUAGCGUUGGGAGUCUGUUUUUGUUACCAAAACUUGAUGAUCUUCAUGAAAUGUUUGUGAUUGGUCUUGAUCCACCAUUAAGACAGGGUCAGACACUUUACCCUUUUCUUGUCCUGCAAUUUAAAAAGGAAGAGGAGAAAGAAUUCAAUUUAAACCUCGAUGCGUUUGUAUUCUUGUCACUUAUCCCUUCAUAUGAUGGAGCAGUUUAUCAUGUUUUCAGCAUAGUUUUUCGUGAACUGACCAAAAAGAAAAUAAUUAAACCAUCUGGUUUUAAAAGUCAACAUGAAGAAGUAGCAGUAAAGUGCUCCCUUAAAGCAAAUGAGGGUUAUCUUUACCCACUAGAAAAAUGUUUCUUAUUUAUUCCCAAACCACCAACAUUGAUCAAGACUAGUGAGAUUGAAAAGGUCAUUUUCACCAGAGUUUCAGCUACUGCUGUUAAGGCCCCGAUAACAUCCGCUAGGACUUUUGACUUGAAAUUUAGAAUGAAAGGCAAUUUUGAAUACCAGUUCUCUAGUAUUAAUCGAGAAGAAUUUGAACAUUUAGAAGAAUACUUCCGCAGUAAAAAAGUUAUAAUUGAAAACGAUACCUCUGACACUCAAACAAUACAAACGUUCAUGAACGAGAUUAGUGGCUCAUCAGAUGACGAGGUGAUUCCAGCAUCCAAACGUCGCCAAAGUGAAUCGAUGCCAGUCGAUGGAGAGGAUUCAGAUUCUGUUGAUGAAGAUUUUCAAUUAGAAGACAGUGAAAGUGAUGUAGCGGAAGAAUACGAUGAGAACUACGCUGGAGCUGGAUCAUCAUCGGAUGAAGGAGACGAGCCCCCAAGGAAAAAAGCAAAGAAACCUACCAAAUCUAAAUCGAA